AUGAGUCCAAAUAACUCCUACAAAACCUCCGAAGGUUUCAACACCGCCCUAGGUGCCGGCUUGAACAGUACAUGGUCUGGGGCAGAUGCCGUCCACGGCGUUGUUAACGCUGGGGUUAGGAUUGAAGGUGCUGUUGCUGAGCACCAGUGGACCAAAGCGAGAGUCAACGAACAGUUGCAGAGAGCCCAGUACCCGGAUGGCAAACCUAGGUUGAUCAUUCGGCGCAGUACCAGGCUGCAAACCCUGUAUGUAUUUGCUCUACCAGCUGUAUCCUAA